AUGCGGACAGGAGGUUGCCCUAGUUUGAGGAGUCUAUGUGCCCUGUGGUUGCUGCUCUGUCUGGCAACCCGAGGUUGGGGUCAGAGGUCAGCAGGACAGGAGAGCGAGGGGUCGGUAACAGGCGCUCGGCUGGAGGAGAAAGACGCGCUGUGCCAUGGGCGUGGAUGCUACGCCGUCUUCCUGCAGAGAAGGACCUUCAGGGAGGCGGGGCGCAGCUGUCGAGAGCGUGGCGGCACACUGGCAACUGCACAUGACCAAGAGGCCGCCGACGCCGUGCACCGCCUGCUGGCGGGCCUGGAGCCCCAAGGGAGCAGAGUGCGCCUUCGUCUCUGGAUCGGGCUGCACAGGGCGCCACGCCAGUGUUCCACCACUCGACCGCUCCGAGGAUUCGUCUGGGUCACAGGCGACCAGGAGGGCCACUUCACCAACUGGCUCCGCGAGGACACACCCGGGACAUGCGCAGCCCCUCGUUGUGUAGCCAUGACCGUGCACACCUCGGAGAGCGCGCGUGAGAGUGUGGACAACUUCAAGUGGUUGGACGGCUCAUGCGGCCUGGCACUGGAUGGCUUUGUGUGUCAGUAUGCCUACAGAGGAAUGUGCCACCCCCUGGAGGAUGAAGGUCAAGGCCCGGCUGUCUACUCCACACCAUUCCACCUUAUCAGCCGCAUGCUCACACACGUUCCCUACGGUUCUGUGGCCGCUGUGCCAUGUCCGCCUAGUCUGACCGACCCUGAUGCCCCCGCCGAGCAGACAGUACUUUGCAUGGAAAGAGAUGACGGGUCGGUGGGCUGGUCCCGGGACGCGCCGCUCUGCGGUGCCGACAUAGCACCACCCGCCCAGGACUGGUGCAGUGGGGACCACGGGUGCGAGCAGCACUGCCAGAACACAGACUCAGACUAUUACUGCUACUGUUCUGAAGGCUACACGCUAGCAGAGGACGGCUACAGCUGUGAGACGGAUCCCUUGGACCCGACAGACCGUCCUGAGUUGUCUUUGGACUCUGCUGGGCCCAGCGAGCCACCCCGCCUCAAGGUGGCAUGCAUGGCCAUGGGCUGCGAACACGACUGCGUGGAGACAUCUCGGGGGGUCCGCUGCACGUGUCCUCCAGGGUACCAAAUAGGUCCGGAUGGGCGCAGGUGUUCCGACGUGGACGAAUGCCGGCAGGGACCGUGCACGCAGGCGUGCGUCAAUGCACCCGGCACCUUCCACUGCGCAUGUCACGCCGGGUACCAGCCAGAUGAGGAGGGUGAGUGCGUGGACGUGGACGAGUGCGAACACGAGGGCCACUGUGAGGGCACCUGUGAGAACACGGAAGGUUCCUUCAAGUGUACAUGUCACCAUGGUUACCAGAUGUCUGGCAGCAGAAUGUGCGAGGACGUGGACGAAUGCGUGGGGGCGUCGCCCUGCCAGCAGCAAUGUCUCAACUACGUGGGCGGGUACCAGUGCUUCUGUGAUGAUGGUUAUGAGCUGCAGGCAGACGGACUUACUUGCCUGCCGACAUCUGAUGACGAAGAAUACUCCACUCUGACCCCUGACCCCACAGACUCCACCCACGUGCUAGACUUGGACAACGAUGGCCUGCGCACCACUAAGCCCAAAUUUGACAGCAAUUUUGACGUGGAAUGGCUGACGGAUGCCCCCAAAGAGUCCAACAACCACCUGAACCAAUGGGAUGUGCCAAGGAGAUACCAGACCGAGCCGUCACCCACACGAGAGGAGAGCAACAGCAACGAAGUUCAUCCCGAGAGCGGAGGUCAAGAAGGCGACAGACAAGCGCCCACCGGAGCUGAAGGAGCUGGGGCAAGCGAAGGCAAGCGUAAGCAUGACAAGAGCUGGCUGCUGGUGGCGCUGUUGGUACCGCUUUGUGUCUUCUUGGUGGUCAUGCUAGCACUGGGCAUUGUCUACUGCACCAGCUGCGCCGUGGACAAGAGCCUCCGCCUGUCGGACUGCUGCCGCUGGAUCCUCCCCACGUCGCCCCCCGACCACAUCCAGCCCAAAGCACGAGCAUGA